GCGGUUGCAUCAGAUUCCGAGCCCUGUCGCCGGCGUCUGGGCGCAGCGAUGGCCGCCUCCGCCGGGGAGCAAGGUCAGGGCCGCCGGGCGCAGCCAUCCUGGAGCCCCCCAGCUGGGUCAAAACCGAGUCAGCUGCGUCUGUACAACAGCCUGACUCGUAGCAAGGAGGUGUUUGUCCCGCAGCAUGGCAAGAAGGUGACGUGGUACAGCUGCGGCCCGACAGUCUACGAUGCCUCGCACAUGGGCCAUGCCAGGUCCUACAUCUCCUUCGACAUCCUGCGGCGGGUUUUCCGAGACUACUUCGGCUAUGACGUCUUCUACUGCAUGAACAUCACCGACAUCGAUGAUAAGAUCAUAAAACGAGCCCGGCAGAACCACCUGUGGGAGCAGUACCGGGAAAAGGAGCCACGAGCAGCCCAGCUCCUGGAGGAUGUGCGGGCCGCCCUGCAGCUCUGGUCAGAGAAGCUUCAGGACACCUCGGACCCUGACAAGCGGCAGAUGCUGGAGCGAGUCGUGCAGGUGGUGACGGUGGCCGCGGAGCCCCUGGACGCGGCAUUGCAGGCUGGGACUGCCAAUGACACUCACCACUAUGUCCAGGUGCUCCUGGAACAGGCCAAGGACGUGCUGUCCGACUGGCUGGACUCCAGGCUCGGUGGGGAGGUGACCGACAACUCCAUCUUCUCCAAGCUGCCCAAGUUCUGGGAGGGCGAGUUCCACAAAGACAUGGCGGCCCUGAACGUUCUACCUCCAGAUGUCCUGACCCGGGUCAGCGAGUACGUCCCAGAAAUCGUGGACUUUGUGCAGAAGAUUGUAGACAAUGGCUACGGCUACGUCUCCAACGGCUCCGUGUACUUCGACACGGCCAAGUUUGCCGCCAGCGAGCGGCACCACUACGGGAAGUUGGUGCCCGAGGCUGUGGGUGACCAGAAGGCCCUGCAGGAGGGAGAAGGAGACCUGAGUGUGUCGGCCGAGCGCCUGAGCGAGAAGAGGGCACCCAGUGACUUUGCCCUCUGGAAGGCGUCCAAGCCUGGGGAGCCUGCGUGGGACUGUCCCUGGGGCAGGGGCCGCCCUGGCUGGCACAUUGAAUGCUCGGCCAUGGCCAGCGCCCUGCUGGGCUCCUCCAUGGACGUCCACGGGGGCGGCUUCGACCUGCGCUUCCCCCACCAUGACAACGAGUUGGCGCAGUCUGAGGCCCACUUCGAGAAUGACUGCUGGGUGCGCUACUUCCUGCACACGGGCCACCUGACCAUCGCCGGCUGCAAGAUGUCCAAGUCACUGAAGAACUUCGUCACCAUCCAGGACGCCCUGAAGCAGCACUCAGCCCGGCAGCUGCGCCUGGCCUUCCUCCUGCACUCCUGGAAGGACACGCUCGACUACUCAGCCAACACCAUGGAGUCGGCCCUGCAGUACGAGAAGUUCCUGAACGAGUUUUUCUUGAACGUGAAGGACAUUCUCCGCGCCCCCGCCGACCUCACUGGCCAGUUUGAAAAGUGGGAGACUGAGGAAACGGAGCUGAACCACUGCUUCUACGACAAGAAGGCAGCUGUGCACGAGGCACUGUGUGACAACGUGGACACACGCUCGGCCCUGGAGGAAAUGCGGGCACUCGUGAGCCAGUGCAACCUCUACAUGGCGGCGCGCAAGGCCCAGCGCCGCCGCCCCAACAGGGCCCUCCUGGAGACAGUCGCCCGGUACCUCACCCACAUGCUGAAGGUGUUUGGGGCCAUCGAAGACGAAAGUACUCUGGGGUUCCCGGUCGGCGGGGCUGGCUCCAGCCUCAAUCUCGAGGCCACGGUCCUGCCGUACCUGCAGGUGCUGUCGGAUUUCCGGGAGGGUGUCCGCAGGAUCGCCCGUGAGAAGAAAGUACCCGAGAUCCUGCAGCUCAGUGACGCCCUGCGGGAUGAUGUCCUGCCAGAGCUGGGUGUGCGCCUGGAGGACCACGAAGGGCUGCCCACGGUGGUCAAGCUGGUGGACAGGGCCACGCUGCUGAAGGAGAGGGAGGAGAAGAAGAGGGCUGAGGAAGAGAAACGGAAGAAGAAAGAGGAGGCUGCCAGGAAGAAACUAGAGCAAGAAGCGGCCAGGUUGGCCCGGAUGCGGGUCCCACCCAGCGAGAUGUUCCUGCCGGAGGGGGACAAGUAUUCCAGGUUCGACGAGAAUGGUCUGCCCACACACGACUCGGAGGGUAAGGAGCUGAGCAAAGGCCAGACCAAGAAACUCAAGAAGCUCUUCGAGGCGCAGGAGAAACUCUACAGGGAAUAUUUGCAAACGCUUCAGAGUGGGGGCACCCCAUGACCGGCUAGACUUC